AUGGAGGCGCCCUUGCCCGGAAAGUCAGACCAGGAGCCGAAAUCCCCCGAUGUCGUUGCGCCGAAGCCACGGCGCCGCAAUCGAGUCAUCCUUUCGUGCCUUGCAUGUCGUCGGCGGAAGUUGAAGUGUGACCGCGCGCAUCCGUGCGCCGGCUGCCGAGCAUCCGCGCAGCAGUGCAUCUACGUCACGCAUGCAACCCCUGACGCCCAGUUUCGGCAGAAGCUGGUCCAGCUGAAGGAGGCCAAGGACGCCCUCGAUCAAAGCCUAACCAGGAAGGCUGGUUGGGAUGGCAGUGACCCCGACGGCAUCGUGCCUUUGUCGCAACGACGCCAACACCACGCUGCUGCUGAAUCCGAUCCCACCGACGAUGAGGAGUAUCUGGAGCCCACGCCGAUGGCCAGUCAAGAUGCCGCAUAUGCUGCCGAGGCGGACAAUGACAUCGAUGACCUCGGGAUCAGUUUAGGUCGUCUGCGAAUAGGGGAACGCGUCGGGGGUCUUUACCGGCCCAGGAUCGCAGAAGAGAUAUCCUACUCGCUCUUGCACAUGCGCAGUCGGUAUACAUCGCAAAAUGGCAGUUUUGCGCCCGUACCAUCGCUAACUCCUGGCACCCCCGAAUCAUCGGAUGCGUUCCUGAAGCCCGGAAGAUACUUCACAGGCCCGUCGGCCAACCUGGUUCUCGGGCCCAGUCUGUCGGAUAAGUCGCUAAUAAGCUUUGUGCCUCCACGUCAGAUCGCAGACAAACUCCUCGAGAGAUACUGGGUUGCGGUGCACCCUGUCGGCCGGAUCUUGCAUCGUCCGACAUUCGCGCAGCGUUAUGAGACACUCUGGGAGCUUGUGGACAACGGGUAUGAAGUGCCCCCGUCGUUGGGUGCGAUUGUCUGUGCAGUCCUCUUCUCGGCCGUUGUCAGCAUGGACGUCGAUGAUGGUCGGCAGGUCUUGGGCGAAUACGACGCGCUCCGGGAUGAGUUGAAAGCUCAUCUGCAACUGGGCACAGAGGUUGCCCUCGGGAAGGCACAGUUGCUGAAGUCGACGAAGACAGAAACCCUGCAGGCAUUCGUGGCCUAUUUGCUCGCAAUGUGUCUGGAUGAGGUUUCGCGCGCCCAUUCGGUCCUCGUCGGCAUGGCCAUCCGGCUGGCCGAGUGCAUGGGCCUCCAUCGGGAUCCGACCGAAUAUGACUUCUCCCCAGCAGAGUGUCAGAUCCGACGACUCAUCUGGUAUCAGAUCUGCUACCUGGACAACAGGACCAGCGAAAUCCAGGGCCCCCGCCACUUCAUCCAGCCCGGUGGCUUCACCACCAAACUCCCCUUCGAGCUCUCCUCCCCCCCAGUCUGGAACGAGAUGGUAUUCUCGAUGAUGCGAUUCGAGUGUCAAGAGAUGCACCGCAAAAGCCUGCUGCUGCGCGACGAGGUCGACGAGAAGAAAAUCAGCCUCACGAAAGCGAUCGCCCAGCUCGAAGACUUCCGGGUGGCGAUGGACAACAAGUACGGCCCCUUGCUCAACGGCGAGGGUUCUUCCCCUCCACAGCCAUUCCGACGCAUGGCCGGCCAGGUAAUGAAGCUGCUGGUCAGUCUGCUCCUGACCUGCUUUUUGCAUCGCUACAUGAACAGCGUCACGUACCGGACCCCCGACCGACUGCGCCAAAUCGUUCUCAGCCGGGGUGCCGAUGCUCUCGAAGCGGCGGUCGAGUUGGAGUCCGCAGAUGACCUUCGCCCGUGGGCGUGGUACAGUCGCUCCUAUCACCAGUACCACACGGCGUUCCUGUUACUGUUCGAGGUGUUUGCCUUCCCGCUGCGAAAGGAGGCAGGUCGUAUCUGGCGCUGUCUCGACUUUAUCUUCGCUGAACCCCUGGCGAAUCUCCCGACGCCGGAUGUAUCCGUCACGCGCACCCUGCAGGAUGUUCUUGGACACCGCGAAAUGAAGGGUCGCUAUCUUCUUACCUUGUUCGCUGAAAGGAUGCGCGUGUACCAGGCGGCGAAAGGGUUGAAGCUGCCCUCGAAGAUUCAGGAUUUCAAACUCGUCAUCACCCCUCAGAGCAGUGACGAUUCGGAUCCAAGGACUAUGCUCAACUAUGCCCAUGACGAUCUCCAGUCUAGCCAUGGUGCCCAUGAUGAACUCAAUGGCGUUACUGCCGCUCGAAAUAGCGGAGAUGUUGGAUCUGACGAUCUAAUAUCCAUGCGACUCGAGAUGCCCAGCAGCGAACCCAUUAACGAGCUCGCUUCUGCCACUGGAAGUAGUGUACCACCACCUCCAACUCAGCCUGUCCUGUACGCACAGUAUGCAACCCCGAGCGGCCCUCUUAAUGAUAUCGAUGCUGAAAUGCUAGAUAUAGACUGGAACGUCUGGGACACUGUAUUUCCACCCCUGCUCAAUGAUGGAAAUCUGGAUGUUCAGGAUCUUGGAGAUUUCGUUUGGUUGCCAUCGAUAGAGACUGUCGUAGAGUAAAACAACAGGGGGGGUUGAUCCUGUGGGUAGAAGAUUCACUUGCAGUCAUAGCCUGUUUUCAUU